AUGGCUCGCGGCGGAGGGACAAAGGGUGGAUCUCUCGCGAAACGCGGAUCGGGUGGUAAGCCUGCUGCUGGAAAGGCACGUGGCGGUGGCAGCGGCAAAUCAAACCUCAAGGACAGCUCAUCGUCACGGAAAAAUGCCGGUUCCGUACAGCCUGCUAGCCGGCUAGCCGGCAGCAACCGUGGCCGGGGACGUGGGGGGGUGGCAACAGGACGAGGAGGCAAGGCCGGUGCGAAAUCCGCGAAACCGGCGAAACCACCGGUUCCGGCGGCGGCGGCAGGGGAAGAGGAGGACGUUGAGUUGUCAGAUGAAGACGUGGCGUUUUUUGCGCAGCACCAGAACUUCGCGCGCUUUCUCUCGGGCCUCGAGGAGCAGCAACUGGGCAGAGAAACCAGGGAAGCCAAGCCGAAACUGCCUAGACCAGAUCGUACUGAGAACGGAAGCGAUGCUGACAAUAGCGAGGAUGAUGGAGGAGAGAAGGAGGCUAGUGGUGAUGAUAAGGAUUCAGAGGGUUCAGAUGCGAGUGAUGACGAGGACGGGGAUGACGUGGAAGAGGACGUGACUGACGAGGAUGAGGAGCUAGCGGACGAAGAGGAAGAGGAUAAUGAGGGCGUUGCAGAGGACACGCCGAUGGCGGGACAGGAAGAUGAGGAGGAAGAAGAGGAAAAGGAAUUGGCGGAGGAAGAGGAGGAGGAGGAUAACGAGGAGGAGAUCGAGCCUGUGAUUUCCGACGACGAGUUCGACGAUGAGGAUGAUGAGGAGGAGGACGACGAGGAAGAGGAGGAGGGUGAUUUUGACAACGACGAUGAUGACGACGAUAUUGACGAAGUAAUGGUUUUCGCGGACACGUCAGCAACUGGUCUUGGCUCUUUGCCGCAGAAAGGCGCGAAAGGCAAGGUGGGGGAAGCGCGCCGAGCAGACAAGGGGAAGGUUGGAGCGAAGAGGGAUGGGGCGGAAGGGGAAGAAGAGGAGGAGGGCGAAGAGGGGGAGGGGGAAGAAGAGUCGGAGGAUGAAGAGGCGGAGUACGAGAGGGGAACCCGCCGCCCCGGGUGGGCUGCGCCAGCGGCUGCAGCGGGAAAGUUUGCGCCAAAACCCCGCAGUGCUUCCGCCGCUGCUUCCGCGGGCAUGGGGGGAGACGCGGAGGAGGUUGCAGUGGAGGGGGCGCCAGGGACGGAAGGGGAGAAGAAGGGUUUAAUGCGGGGUUUCGGGCUUAUUGCGGCGAGGGACAAGGGUGUGUUGGUGGAUGCUUUUGACGCUCUGCCGGUUAAGACCCUGGACGGCCGGCUGAUAGGAGAGGAGGCGGAGGAGGAGGAAGAGGAGGAGGAGGAGGAGGAGGGCGAGGGCGAGGAGGAGAAGGAAGCAGGGGCGAGGAAGCAACCGAAGGAUGCAUCGAAACUUACCCUACAAGAGCAAGCCAUGAUGGAGCUGCAAGAGGAGAUGUCGGUGGAGGAGCGGAGGGCGGCAGUGAAGAAGGCUAUAGCGCGGAUGAGCACGCAGAUUCUCGCAGACCCUGAGGCGCACAUCGGACUGUUGAAGUCGCUGCAUAAGCUGUGUCUGGACGCGGAUUCAUUCGUGGCCAGCCUCGCGGUGCUGUCACUGACAGCGGUCUUUAGGGACAUAAUCCCCGGGUACCGCGUGCGCAUGCGGACGGAGAAGGAGCGCGCCAUGGUGAUGAGCAAGGAGGUCAAGAAGCGCUGGCUCCUCGAGGAGGGCCUGCUGCAGUCCUACCAGUCGUUCGUCAACCUCCUCCUGAAGCACGCCAAGCAGGCGGCGCGCCGAGCCGUGUCGGUGCGCGCCAUGUGCGGACUGCUGCGCGCUGCCCCGCACUUUAACUGCCGCUCGGAGCUCAUCCGCGCAAUCAUCCCGCGCAUGGACCUCGCGGACGACAGCAUCAGCUCUCUCUGCUGCAACACCAUAUCGGAGUUGAUGCGGGAGGACGGGCGGCAUGAUGGAGAGGCCACGGUGGAGGCGGCGGAGCUCGUAGCUGACUUCAUCCGCCAGCGUUGCUGCGUCACGCGCCCUCAGGUGCUGCUGGUGUUUCAAACCCUCGAGUUUGACGACGAUCUCCUCCAAUCCGCGGAGGGCCGCGCAGCAGGGGGACCCCGCGGAGGUGCAAAGCGCAAAGCCACCUGGGGCGCGGGCGGGGCAGGGGGAGCAGGGGGAGUGGCGGACGGGGGCGGGGACGAGCAGCAGCCGGCGAAACCCAAGUCCAAGAAAGAGCGGAAGCUGGAGAGGCGGAAAGAAGCUGCGCGGAUGCGGAAGGAGGUAGAGGGGGACUUUAGAGAGGCGGAAGCAGUGCGGGACGAGUCCACGCGGAAGCAGCAGCAGGCGCGCGUGCUAGCAGCCGUGUUCGAAGCGCUGUUUAGGGUAGUUAAAGCCGCGGCUAUGCUGCACCAGCCGCGCCCCACGGACGGGUCUGGCGCGCUGUCCCUCCCCCCGCGCCCGCUGCUCCCCUCCGCGCUCUUCCUGAUUGGUCACUUCUCGCAUCUGCUGUCGGUGGAGUAUCUUCCGGAUCUGCUGUCCACGCUGCGCCAGCUGGCUGCUGACAGGGUGAUGAAGGCGAAUCUAGAUUCACUGAAUGUGGACAUGCGCGGGUUCGUGACGCUCGUGUAUCAGAUGAUUCUCGAGGCGCCUAUCGUUCCCGCGCAGGUCGCUGCCCUCUCGUCAGAAUCACCCCCGGUUAAAGCAUCCUCGUUAAAAGCGUCCUCGGAGGAAGAGGACUCGUUAGAGGAGGAGGUGAUCACGCCAGGGGAUAGUGCAGUAGCCUCGUUAGAAGCUGCCCUGGUAUCCGCGUUACAAGAGGUGUUCAUGUCGUCGGGUCACAGGCAGGCGGACAUGACCCGUUGCGCGGCCUUCAUCAAACGACUCUCCGCCGCUGCCCUUCAUCUCUCUGCUGCCGGCGCUGUCGCUGUGCUGCUAGUGGUGCGUCAUCUGCUCCUCCGCUAUCCCCGCUGUAGAGUGCUCUUGGACAAGGACCCUGAUGAUGAUCUGCACGCUUCAGGGGGCGGCCUCGGCCCCUACGGUGGCCUGGCGCGCUAUGACCCAGCAGCACCAGAGCCGGAGCUUUCAGCCGCCCUCACAUCCUUUCUCUGGGAGCUCUCCCUUCUCGCCCGCCACUACCACCCGCACGUUGCCAGCCUGGCGCGCCACGUCAGCACCAUUGCCACCCACGGCAGCAAGGCAGGGAGUGGCAAGAGAGGAGGGAAGGGCAAGAUGAAGCAACCACAGCAGCCGCAACAGCCGAAUCAGCUGAAGCAGCCACAGCAGCCACAACAGCCAAAGCGAGCCAAGAAGGAGGCAGCUGCAGCAUGA